CGCUACUUUUUACUAAUCCCUCACCGUUUUCAUUACUUCAUCACGAAGAUAAAUAAGAAAUACAAAACCCCCUCUCAAUUACUGCAAAAAUCCCAGCGAUGCAAGAAACAGAGCUUUACGAUUUAUCGGACGACGCGGAUUACGCUGCCUCUCAACAGCAACAGGGAUCGGCGAGCAUGAUGCGGAGCGAUAGCAGCAAGAGAAGCUCGUCGAGCGAGCCUGAGGGAGCAGAAGUGGUUUAUACGAAGGACAACGUCACAAUUCACCCUACUCAGUUCGCUUCUGAGAGGAUUAGUGGAAGACUGAAGUUAAUUAAACAAGGAUCUUCUCUGUUCAUGACAUGGUUUCCUUACAAAGGGCAGAGCUCCAGUGCCAGGCUAUCCGAGAAAGAUAUGAAUCUUUACACUAUUAGGGCAGUGCCAUUCACUGAGGUGAGGUCCAUUCGUCGACACACACCAGCUCUUGGUUGGCAGUACAUAAUUGUUGUUUUGUCAUCUGGACUUGCAUUUCCUCCUCUUUAUUUUUACAAUGGAGGAGUCCGAGAGUUUCUUGCUACCAUAAAACAACAUGUUUUUCUCAUGAGGUCAGCAGAAGAUGCAAAUGUAUUUCUGGUGAAUGACCUUCAAAAUCCUCUGCAGAGAACAUUAUCUUCUUUGGAGCUACCUAGGGCAGUUGUUGCAGGCCUGCCAUCUGCACCCCAAUCACUUGUGGAGUCUCCUUCACAAGAACACCUGAAGGCUGUUGGGGAGUUCCAUGGUGAAAGUUCUAGUACCUUUCAGUAUGGUGGGAGGCAGAGGCAAAAGGGUCAUGAUCCUACUCGAGAUAUUUCAAUUCAAGUGUUAGAAAAAUUUUCUCUUGUGACCAAAUUUGCCCGGGAAACUUCUCAACUAUUCCGCGAAACUCAUAGUAAUGGUUAUGGUUCUUUUGAGAGGAAAAGGAAUAGCCAGUCUGCCAUUGAUUACACUCAAAAAGAAGCUGAUCCUGCUAAGAAAGUUCCUAAUCAAAGCUUUGUUCCCUCAGAUCCUUUGGAGAAAAAACCAAAUAUUGAACACAAUCAUGAUGAAGAAACUUCUGCCCUUGUGGAAACUUUUGAGCUAAUUGAUUGUAAGGAGUUUGAUAAACUAUCUCUAGUGUGGGGAAAACCACGACAGCCACCCUUGGGUUCUGAGGAGUGGGCCACUUUCUUGGACUCUGAAGGGCGAGUGGUAGAUGCAAAAGCCUUACGAAAAAGAAUAUUUUAUGGGGGAGUUGAGCACAAAUUGCGAAGAGAGGUCUGGUCAUUCCUCUUGGGAUAUAAUACAUAUGAGUCAACAGAUGCAGAGAGAGAAUAUCAAAGGUCUGUUAAAAAGAAAGAAUACGAAAUGAUAAAACACCAGUGGCAGAGUAUCUCUCCUGAACAGGCAAAAAGAUUUACAAAAUUCAGGGAGAGGAAAGGCCUCAUAGAGAAAGAUGUGGUAAGGACAGAUAGAUCACUCCCUUUCUAUGAUGGGGAUGAUAAUCCCCAUGUGAAUCUUUUGCAUGAUAUUCUUUUGACUUAUUCCUUCUACAACUUUGACCUUGGUUACUGUCAGGGUAUGAGUGAUCUUCUUUCUCCCAUUUUGUUUGUAAUGGAGGAUGAAUCAGAAUCGUUUUGGUGUUUUGUGGCGUUAAUGGAACGGCUUGGGCCUAAUUUUAAUCGUGACCAAAGUGGAAUGCACUCUCAGCUUUUUGCAAUAUCUAAGCUGGUGGAGUUGCUAGACCUCCCAUUGCAUAACUAUUUCAAGCAGAAUGACUGCCUGAACUAUUUCUUCUGUUUCCGUUGGAUUCUUAUACAAUUUAAGAGGGAAUUUGAAUAUGAAAUGAUAAUGCGUUUGUGGGAAGUCUUAUGGACACAUUAUCUGUCAGAGCACCUGCACCUGUAUGUGUGUGUUGCAAUUUUGAAGCGCCAUCGCAGCAAGAUAAUGGGAGAGCAAAUGGACUUCGACACCCUUUUGAAAUUCAUUAAUGAAUUGAGCGGUCAUAUUGACCUGGAUGCAAUCCUCAGGGAUGCAGAAGCUUUGUGCAUAUGUGCUGGAGAGAAUGGCGCUGCAUGCAUACCACCUGGAACUCCACCUUCAUUGCCUGUUGACAAUGGUUCAUUAUAUCCUCAACCAGAUGAGGUAUUGUAAAUAUAUCAGCUGUGUUCUCAGUUUUAUUUAGGGGACUAUUCAAUGCUUAUGUUGUAAUUAGCAGAAUUUUCUAAGACGGUACUGGAUGAAUCAAAUAUUUUAAAGAAAAAUUGGUAUGUACCAAAAAAUAUAUAUUUAAAGAAAAAUCGGUUUCAUAU